CCUCUGUUGGAUGAAUAGACAACACAAGAGAAGAAAAAGUACACGCACCAUAGUUUGAUUUUUAAAUAAAUCGUAAAUUUGUUAUAUUAUUUCAUAACAAGUGGAGACAGAGUAUUUAUUUUUUAUAAAACAGUUACAUUUUCUAGUAAAUAUAUUUAAUAAAAAGAAUAACGUGGUAAAAAUGAAGUUCGCCACAUUUAUACUGUCUUUCGUGUUGGCUGCGUCGUAUACAUACAGUAACGUUCUUCGUGACAAGACCAAUAACACUGAUACUUCAACGUUUUUAACAUGUGAUACUGCUCGCAGAACAUACAGAAGCGCUGGCUUCCUAGAAGAAGAUAUUUUUACUAUACAGCAAACAGAGGGCAAUCUAAAAGUGUGUGGAAAAAGCAGAACAUGUUGUAAAGCUCACGCUGAAAAAAACCUUGUGAAAAGCAGUGAGCAGAAAAGAAAAUUUAUCACAAGUCCUUUACAAAAAGGUCUUUUGGAAACAUUUGGUCACACUAAAGAUAAGCUUAUUGCAUUGUUCAGAAAAAUGAUUACUAGCUCUCGGAAGAACCAGGACUCUAUGUUUAUAAAGACUUAUGGUGUGCAUUACGUAAACAACACAGCAGUUUUUCAGUUGUUGUAUACCAAAUUUCACAUGUACUUAAAUGGUAGUGAGCUUGACUUACAAUCCAGUGUGGACACAUUCUUUUCCACUCUCAACCAAAAGAUGUAUGUAGUGUCAAAACCAUGGUUGUCAUUCACAAAAAAAUAUGAAAAUUGUAUUCUGGAGAGUACAAACUAUGUUAAACCAUUUGGUGAUAUGCAACGGAAAAUUCAAGUUCAAGUUUCGAGAUCAUUCUUAGCUUCACGGGUGUUCACACAAGGCCUUAAAGUUGGUAAAGAGGUCAUCGAGACGCUUUUCAACCUUCCAGUGCACGAUGGUUGUUCGAUUGCUUUUAUGAAAAUGACACAGUGUUCUAUAUGUAGUGGUGUCUCAGAAAGCACAAAACCGUGUUCAAGCUACUGUGUAAAUGUUUUAAAAGGUUGUUUUGCAUAUAUCAUGAUGAUUCAAGGAAAAUGGAAUGAUUUUAUAAGAAACAUGGUUACCUUAGCAGACAAAUUGGAGGGACCUUUCAGUUUUGAGGCUGCUAUCGAGCCACUUGGCUUAAAAAUAUCUGAAGCAAUCAUGUUAUUUCAGGAAAAUCAACCCAAUAUUACAACAAAGGUGGAAGAGCGGUGUGGAAAGCUUGCAUCCUAUAACAGUAUUGGUUUCAAUCGUGACCGCAGAUCAGCUGAAAGCCGUGAUACUAUAGAUGGAUUAAAAACUGAUGAUAAACUACUGAACAAAAUGUUUGGGGAUACAUCCAAAACAACUAAGUCAAAAAAUGUACCUUCAAUUUUAUCCUAUAUAUCCGAGGAAGACAAGAAUAAAAAAGAACAACGCGGGGAAUUUGAAACACUUCUGAGAUCAACCAAGACUGCAUUGAACGAUUUAAAAGAUUACUGGGUUCUCUUGCCAAAGAAACUGUGUGACAUGGGUAUCUCCACAGAAACCAACCAAAAUUGCUGGAAUGGAGAAAACACUACUGGAUAUAAUAUUACCGUGGUCGGAAACUCUGUGCAUGAUUUGUUUUCUAAUAAUCCUGAAAUGAAGUUGAGCACGAAUGAAGCUAAUAUUGUCAUUGUCAACCAAGCAGCUAAAUUACAAGACAUUAUAACCCGGAUCAAAGAUGUAACCGGCGUGGAACCAAUAUGCCUCAACAAUGAUGACUGUAAUCCAUGUCAAGGGGAUGAGUGCGACAACUGUGUGGGUAGUGGUAGCGAAUGUGGUAGUGGUAGUGGUAGUGGUAUGACCACACCCGGACCUGGAGAAGGAAGCGGAAGUGGUGAAGAAGUGAGCACAACUGCAACAACAACCAAAACAACUGAUGAUAAGUGUAUAAACAGUGUUGAUGGGGAAUGUCGUCGUGAUUUAACUGAGAAGCCAGACUUGGACUCCAACGGCGUUAUUACAUUUGUCAAGCCCGUAGGUCAACAGAAUUUACAAGUUGAUGCUGGGAAUAACAGUCCAGUGCUCGGAAGCAAUCUAUUUUUGAUCGUAUGCAGUGUAAUUUUGUUGUUAUUAUAAAAACAUCAGACAAAACUCAACAAUAUGUCGAGAAAAAAAUGAAAGCAAGACAGUGGUAGCCACUGACGAGUUUUUGCGUCGCAGAUUGAACUACAACCGUAAAAACGAAGAAACAGCUGCUCAAAAGACAUCUGAUCCCGAGAUUGGAAUAGUUCACAUAGAUAGAUGUGUAGUUUGGACAAGUUUAUGGUAAUAAUUCCUAUGUUGUACAGUAAGAAAAAAAGUUGCUAGGGGCGAUUCACCUGAUCAUGUUUUUAUACAGACAUUCACACAUGCAUAAUCCAAAUAUUUACAUUACCUGAAGAAUUUUACAAUUUUUAGUUACCUUAUUUGCUGCUUUUGGCAUGAGUUCUAAACUUUAUUGUUGAAUAACGUAUCAGUAUAUUAAAAUCUCAUGCUAACUUAAAAGCAAAAAAAUCUGGAACAAGCACUUGCCACCGGAGACUUUUUGUGUUCGUUUAUUUUGUCGGCUUUGUUUUGUAAUAUAAAUCUAUAUUUUUUAUUGUAGUUUCCUAGCUUGACUUUUUUUAUCUUCAGUCAAAAACUUUUCAUCUUAAGUGCUGGUAGUUGUGUUUGAAGGCGUAUUAUAUGGAUGUUUUUCAACUUUCAUUUUUUUUUUUGAAUAACAUGACUAUUCUGUACCAAGAACCCUGUCUAAAAUAUACUUUUAUACUUUCCCAAUAUUUUGAGAGUAGAAGUUGAAAGUGCCUGUAAUCACGUAUCAAUCAAUCAUUCAAUCAAUCAAUCAAUCAAUCAAUAAUUAGUCCAUCAUUCAUUCAACAUUGCCUAACAUAAAUUGCGUUGCUUUCUGGUAAUCUAGACUGUUCAUUGUGCAAAAUUUCCUCCACUAAGGGUCAAUCAUGAUGGCUAUUUAGGUAGCCAAGUAUCAUUGCCACUAGAAACAAUUUAGCUUCCAACAGGCAUGAUACGAUGUGUGCACGUAAUUUUUUAUGUGCUUUUUCUUGUAAAUCAACGUAAUUAUAGCUUUUUUAAGUUAUUCCUACUUUUUAUAUAAUUUGUCCAUUUUAUAUAUAAAUAUAAAGCUUCUGUA